UAGCAUGGCCCCGAUCCAUCCGGCUUUCCGUCACAUUUUCAGUCUGCCUGUCGAGGUCGGAAUUUCCCUUACUCGACCUCAUCGCGCUUGAGACUCGUAUCCUCGCCGGAUGGUGGCCCCUUCGCUGACGUCGUCGCGAUGGUUGGGGCUCAUGAUAUCCAGUCCUCCCCACCCCGUUCACCGUGUCCUCGGCUGAACCGACCGUCGGUGUGGGUUUCUCCAUACAGUAUUGCGACACCGUCAAUAGAGUCGGCCCGUGGUGAACGACGGCCGCAUUACGUCCACAACCGCGGGUCAAUCCAUCAAACGAGUUUUGCUGAAAGAGGCAUCGACCGUCAUGCAGGAGACAGGGCACAAUCACACACGGGCUGGCCCCCCGGGCUUCCCCCAGUGGGGCGCACACCUUUUCUCACCUCUCGACUCGGACCUUGGCUGGCUUGGCAGCUCUCUCCCUUGGUCAAGCCUGGGUGUGGUUUGAUUUUUUCUAGAACACCCACCCCUACCCUGCUGGUCGUCCGGUCGCUUUUUAGGCUCUGCUUCACCCCCUACCACCUUUCCGCUUUGAUCAUUUCUCCCCUUUCGGCUCACCGUCACGAAAAUUUUUCUCGUUGCCAAUGCGAUUCUCAUUUCGUUCAGGGAGACAGAAGAAAUGUUGAGGAUGGUCCCCAUCUGGCUCUGGCAACCGUGAGUCACACAACGGCCGAGUCUCAUGUAUGGCGCAUGCUUUGGUGCCCUAAUGGCUCGCCUGGGCCCGUCGUCUGCUGCGUUGAUGUCCAAUAUGAGCAGGCUGUUUUGAUCCUGACCGCUGGAUGGCCAAUGGGCGGAGGCCGGCAGGCUCUGGAUGCAGCAUUAUCGGCCCCCGAUUGGAGUGGCCGGACGGUUGUCUGGCGGGGACGGACCAAUGUCGACCUCUUCCUCCUCGCCCGGGGUCCACAUGCUCCAAGGUGAAGGCAUGCUCUCCUGCAGCCCCCUCAUGGGCGUCAAAAAUAGGCUACUUCCAAGCGGAUAUGGGACAAAAUCAACCGACCUCACUCCCGGUUUGGCCUUCACCGACACUCUCCUCAGCCUUGAAGAGGGCACC